AUGUACACUACACAGCUAGUAGGAACAUGGCACGACCUCACCAUUUCUCGUAUGGAUGAUGAUUGCUCUAACAAACAAAAUCUAUUGGUUGACGGGACACAUUUUAUUUGCUUAUUUUCAUUAGCCAAACUUUUAGGGUGUGGCCAAUGGAGACUAAUCUAUGAUGUAUAAGAAAAUACUUAUUCCAUGGAAAACCCAAUUAAAACACAAAGAGAAAUGAGAAAAAAAAAAUUCUUAGGUUAGAAAUGUGGAAAAUAUUUCCUCUAGUGAUCACUUCCCAUUUUUCACUGUUUAGUUCCUCUUGUUUUUCUUUUGUCUUUGAUUGCACCCAAUCAAACUUUUAUAUGAUUUUAUUUAAAUUACUGUACAUAGUACAUUCGACAAAAGUAAAAAUUGAGUAUCCAGACUCUUUAGUCUUGAUACAUGAGAGUGUCGAGGAGAUUUUUUGUCAUCUUGGAAAGUGAUUCAAACUUUGGAAUAUCCAUCAAUAGACAACGGUCAUUAAUGUUUUGGAACACAAAUGAGAAGCUACCGAGUCACAGCGAAAAUUUUGUGCUACCGCAAACAACGUGUCAUGAUCAGGUUCAAGACAUACGAACAAUUGUUUAGUUUAGUUUC